UACCAUAUAGGUUUUUGCUUUUUCCAGCGUCGUUGAACGAUUGCAAUUUAUGCUGCAGCGAGCGCUAGUUUUCAUGGAUGGGGUUGCUGUAAGGAAUCCUCAUCCCGUAGUCGUGAAUCUGUUGUCUUCUACAUUGGCUUAUUUAUCGAAGAUUACGUGAGGUUCUGGAGGUUUAAAGGGUUUGGUUGAAUCAUGGGUGGUUUUAGUUUCGGAUGCUCAGUUUCAUGGAGUUGUGAUUUUGUCGAAGACGGCGGUUGGCUAAGCAAUGUGGGAAUGUAGAUGAAAUUUAGGGCUUGUGUGACUUGUUGGAGCAGAAUCUUGUAGUAACUCUUGGAAUAGUGUAUCGCAAUGAAGAUGGGGGUUGCAUUAUGAAAGUAGCGGUUCGGAGAGUGGGUGGGGAGACUGGGAGAGGGGAAGAUGCUGCAGGAGACAGGGGACGCGGGGUCAGCGGCGAUGGGAUCACCUGUAUCACCAGAGCAAGUUCUCAAGACUCUGAUGAAUGAUGGCCACUUCGACAGUUUGCGAAUCAAGAUUCUCAAUCAGCUGAAGCAAAGUGAAGAGAUAAAGAAUUACACGUCAACUCUUGUGGCGAGCAGUAAGGUACUAAAUACCCCAGGAGCAGAGAAUAAGAGCCGGAAGGAGCUGUUUGAAGCCUUGCGGAAAGAGCUCGAAGAACCCGUUCUUGAGAAAGCAUCUGUAGCUGCAUGGGGGAUUAUCCUCGACAAAGAGGGCGUCGGGAAAGAAAUAGUGGAAAAAGUGGAUGCUGUCUAUGCUCGGCUCAGCGAGCAUGAUUCAUCAGAUUCAAGUCCUCAAUACAAUGCCAUAGCCACGCAAGGAGGUCAAGAGCGUCCAGGAGUGGAUGGACGCUCAUUGCCGGAUCUUUCGAUUCCAUCAACAAGUGCUAAUGGCGCUCUGAAUCGGAUGCCUCAAAACCAAGUCUACCCCAAUCAGGCAUAUGUGAACCAAAGGACUCCUACGGAUCAUAGGAGCAACACUCCGUGGAAUGAUGUGUCAGUAACUCCUGGACAUAGGUUUGGGGUCGAUAGGGGAAGUACGCCUCGUACAGACAAUUCUGGACCUCCUCCUAGUGUAAGAAGACUACCUCAGCCGGAGUAUUAUCACGCUCCAGACCCUUAAUGGUAAAUGCUUUGAAAUAUGUUGAUUGUAAGAGUAGGUUUCGUGAAAUGGGAAACAUAACUUCAGACUGCUUCGAGUGAUCAGGUGUGAACUGUGGAACCUGAAGUGAGAAAUAUCGUGAAUAGAUCCUGGCCACCUAGUGGCGCCAUAUGAACCAUAGGUAAUAGCUGCAGGCAAUUACAAUUCAAGGUUAGAGCCAGGAUUCUUGUACAAGUUGGAAUGUUGUAAUGGUGAUGAAAGUUGGAUUUGUACAUCAAUCUGAAGCCUACAAGAGUUCUUACCAAGGCAUACUUCCACCUUA